AUGGUUUUAACGCCAUUCUUGUUGUUACUGGGUUUUUGUGAAGCCUUAAGCCCGCAUGUGCUCAACAACCAGCCUGACAUUGCGUUGGAUAUUGAUAGAUCUCCGACUUUGACUCCAAAUCAGGAGCUAUUGAAAAUCGGUUCGAAGUUUGCUAUUGCUUCAGACUUAGAACUAUGUAGCAAUAUGACACUACAUAAGGUAUUCUUGGAUUUCCCAGGUUCAAAUGCUGUCGAUGCGGCAGUUACUGUUGCGUUGUGUAUUGGCAUGAUCAAUUUCUUUAACAGUGGAAUUGGUGGAGGCGGAUUCGCUGUCGUUUCGACAAAAGAGGAGAGUGUAACGUAUGAUUUCAGGGAGACGGCGCCAUUACUUAGCAAUAAUACAAUGUACGACGGACUCGGUGAUUUUGCGUCCGUAGUUGGCGGGUUAUCAAUUGCAGUUCCUGGAGAAUUGGCUGGAUUAUAUGAUAUGUGGAGCGAAUAUGGUAGUGGUAAGAUUUCUUGGCAAAAUGUUUUGCAACCUGUCAUUGACUUGGGCUAUCAUGGAUGGGAAAUCCAGGAAGUAUUAGGUGCUUCAUUAGGAGCCUAUGAAUAUUUCUUGAGGAUGAACUUUGAAGACUGGCAAUUUGUGUUUAAUGAGGAUGGUUCCAUCAAGAAAAAGGGAGAUUGGCUUAAAAGACCUACCCUUGCUAAAACUCUUGAAGUCUUAGCUAAAAACGGUUCAGUUGCACCAUUUUACGAUCCCAAUUCUUAUCUUGUGAAAUCUAUGGUAUCUAAGAUAAAAGAAAGAGGAGGUAUCAUCACCAGAGAAGAUUUCUCACUCUACAAAGCUGAAAAGCAAAAACCACUAUCAGUACUGAUUAGAAGCGGAUGGGAAAAUAUGCCUAAUAAUGAUUUGACUGUGCUCACCUCCAGCGGAUCAUCUAGUGGUGCAGCUUUGAUAGCAGCACUAAAAGUUUUAGAUGCAUUCCCAUCUGUGACAGGUGGUGAUUACUCAACACAACAGACAUACGAAUUAGUGGAGGCUAUGAAGUGGUUAGCUAGUGCAAGAUCAAGAUUGGGAGAUUACGGAGGUGGAGAUGAAUUGCCAUCACGGAUCCAAAAAGUCUUGAAUGACCCAUGGAUACAGCACGCAGUCUUAAAAAUAAAAGAAAAUGGUAAUGAUUCAAAUUUCAGGACACUACCAAAUUGGAAAGACUAUCAUCCUGCAUACGAAAUGAAUGAGCCACAUGGAACAGCACACUUUUCAGUUGUUGAUGAUAAGCAUAAUGCGGUAUCGUUGACAACAACCGUCAAUCUACUAUUUGGCUCCUUGGUGCAUGAUCCCGUAACUGGAGUCAUCUUUAAUAACGAAAUGGACGAUUUUUCUAUCGCUGGCAGAUCGAACAGUUUUGGAUUGGCGCCAUCUGCAUAUAAUUUGAUUGAACCAGGAAAAAGACCACUAUCUUCUUGCGUGCCCACUAUUAUCUUAAAUGAGUUGGGAUUCCCAGACUUGGUGGUUGGGGCCUCAGGAGGUUCCCGUAUUAGUCCUUCAAUUUUGCAAGUAAUUGUAAGAAAGUACUGGUAUCAAAUGCCACUAUUAGAAACGAUUGCAUAUCCAAGAGUACAUCAUCAGUUAUUGCCGGACAUUUUAGAGGUUGAAAGCUUUCCAAUGGUGGGUAAAGCCUUGAUCGCUGAGCUAGUGAAAAUGGGUCAUACUCCCAAGGAAAUGCCUUCAAGAUCGGUGGUUAAUGGGAUUUGUAGAGUCAAUGCAGAGUGGCAUGCUGUUAGUGAUUAUUGGCGCAAAAGGGGCAUUGCUGCAGCGAUGUGA